ACCACCCAUGGUAAAGUUAUCUCACAAGUGCAUUGCCUCAUGCCGUCAGGCUACUUGCAAUUGCAAGGAGCCAACAUUCAAACCAGAGCCCUCCUGUCAGUCAAUCCCUCAACUCGUUCGCACUCUCAGAGUACUCGUAUAGUUCCUCCUAGUUUUAGUGCAACUCCGAGUCAGUCAGGUGUCAUUGAGAGUGUUCUCGGUCUGGUCUUCGCACAUGGUUUGGCCCUUGCAGGAAUUAUUGGAGGGGCUUGGAGUUUGGGUUCUUUGGUUCAUCCGCACGUGCAAAUCCAAGGCAAACGUCACAGAAUUCAAUGAAUCUUCCUCUCUCCUGCAUUCUGAACAAAUACGAACUGACUUUCAGGGUGAACAGAGGGACGAUACCACCACGUUAGACAACGAAGCACUACUCUGUUCCAUCUGUGCAAAUCUGAAUUUUUAUCAAAUCUUCCUUAAUGGCAUUCCGGAGGAGGAAAUCAUUACGCUCGAUUAUCUCUCGUCCAUCUUACAAAAAUCAUAUCAAUGCAGCUUCUGCCGCCUUAUAUCCUUGCAUGUUCGCCGAACGUGGAUGUUGGACGAGUUUCCUCACGUCGAUAUCUCAGGGCUCGAAUGUAGGAUGUUCACGAUACAUUGUGGCUGUCUUCAGUUGGCUUCUUAUCCCCCAUCCAAAUUUCGUUGCUACCGCCUCCAAAUCACGAUGGAAGGUAUAGAGGACCUUUGGAAGAAAUAUCCAGCUUUCAGAAUAGCAGGCGGGCUUAACAUCCACCUCAUGCAAGAAGACGCUUUCAAGUUUGGAAGACCGACCGAUCUUCAUUGUCGCAGGGUAAAAAACACUGUGGAUAUCAAGAUGGUGAAGAAGUGGAUCAAACUGUGCCAGGGGAGCCAUGGAGAUAUGUGCAAAAGUCUCUCGAGAAUAGGCGAACAUGACGAUAGAAAACUGCCGGGGUUUGUGAGAGUGGUGGAUGUAGUAUCGAUGUCCGUGGUUCCUGCACCUUCUGGUUGUCGUUACAUCGCCCUCAGUUACAUAUGGGGAGGCAUCGGCGCAGAGUAUUGGACGACGAAGAAUAAUAUAGCAAAGCGCGGAACGCCUAGCGGGUUGAACGCGGCAAAGCUCCCUGAUACCAUCACUGAUUCUAUUCUAUUCGUUCGACAACUCAGUGAACGUUACAUAUGGAUCGAUGCUCUAUGCAUCAUUCAAGACGAUCCGGAGGACAAGUUUGCUCAGAUACACAAUAUGGAUUUGGUCUACGGCCUUUCUUAUCUCACAAUAAUCGCUGCCGGUGGCUUUACGGCUCGAGACCCUCUUCCGGGAUGCCGUCCACAAACAAGAACGCAACAGCAUAUUGAAGUCGUCCAAGGACUUCAUCUCUAUGCGGCACCUCCGAGACUUAGGGAGGCUCUUGCUUUGUCCGCAUGGAAUACACGUUGUUGGACCUAUCAAGAGUGUGCGCUUUCCCGCCGAAGGAUAUACUUUACUGGGCAGCAAGUGUACUUUGAGUGCCAAUUUGAUGUCUUAUGUGAAGACAUCAUCGCUGAAAGCAAGUGUGACUCCACUAGUUUUCUCAAGGUUUCGCGGGCAGAAUACUUCCCUCAGUCAUUGAACCCAUUCACGAGUUACAUGACGGCCGUGAAGAAGUGUACACGGCGCAAUCUCACUGUAGAAUCAGACGUCGUCGAUGCUCUCACCGGAGUGACAAAUGCUUUGGCAAAAGCGUUUGGGCUCGGUGACCCGGACAGAUCUUUUCGCUAUGGAAUGAUGUUGACGGACCUGCAUCACACGCUUCUCUGGCAACACAAUCCACAUACACCUCGUACUCGUCGUUCACUCCCUGAUGGAUGCAGUUCACCCUGGCCUUCUUGGGCAUGGGCUACGUGGCGUGGUGCUGUUGACUACAUGACGGAGCAUCGGUAUUUGGUGACCUAUUCUGAGGAUGCUUGGCUUGUGGACUACUUUGGCGACCCUUUGGUGGUAGAGAUGUUUGUCGAUCCGUGGUACAUCGUGGACCAUAGUGGCAUUAUAUUGCAGGUUGAUGUACGCAGGGUUUCCCGGCGGGUCGUUUUGGUUCGCGAGACAGAGGGAGAAGUAUCCGCAUAUUCUUCCCCGCGAGGGAUUAUAGACCCAACAGAGAUAACCUCAGACAUCCAUCGAACGCUCGUCCCUGGCACCCUCAUUUUCCGCACGACUUCCAGCCACUUUGCCAUCGCACGGCGACGUGGUGAAGAAUCACAUGCAUCUAUUCAUCACGGUCUUUUCGAUAUUCUCUCCACUUCCUCCCCUCCUACUUGGGUCGGCACUGCCGUCCUACCAUUGGACGUUACCCUGCCAAAUUCCCUUGAAUUCAUCGUCCUUUCCCGUACCGAUCUGCGCGGCACGUACAACGAAGAGAGGUUUCAGCAUUACCACGAAUGCAUGCUGCAUGUGAUGGCCGUUGGUCAAAAUGAGGCGUUGAUGGAACGUAUUGGGUUGGGCGUCAUUCAUGAAGCAGCCUGGAUUGCUUCAGGAGCGCAGGAGAAGGUGAUAUUUCUUCGGUAAUGUUUGGCGGUGAUGGGCCGUUUUGUUUGAAUGAACAAUUCCAUAUUCAUUGUCCUUCGGGAGGGCCCGACUUGUUGACUCUACUUGGCCUAAAUGCGGGUGUGACAGGAUGCAGGGAACUGAACUGCAGGA